ACAAGCCGAGCUUCCAGCUCUGAGUCUUUUCUUUAACUGAAGCUCAGCUUGACGAAGGCUCAGCCAUCCAAGCCCAACUUGCCACUUUCUCCAUGCCAAGAAAAGAGACAAAGAAAUUCCACCGACAAGAAACUCCACUGCUCUAGUCUCUACACCAGACAGACGUCUCUUAUAAACGCCAGUUACAGAGACCCAGGAAAAGAAGAGAAUAAUGAGAUAUUACCAUGGAUCCAGGAGGAGGAGGAGAGUGUCCAUACAGUCAUUCCCCGUCGCGGUUGCCGUUUUCACCGGCUUUGGCUUACUCAUGCUUAUACUGAGAUCUGUUGAUCCACCCUCUCACGGCGCCGUUUUUCUUUCGAGUCUCGAGGUAGAAGGAGAUGAUAGAGGUGGAGUGAGAGGAGGUCUAAAUUCAAGCUUUGCCUUACGAAAUGGCACCAUUUCUGAAGUAAAGGAUGUUUAUAAACAGAGAAGUGGAGGUUUAAAAUCGUGCGCUACGGUUGAAGAAAUGGGCGAGAGUUUCAAGGGAGCCGUCUGGAAGGAGAGUCUACGAGUGAGAAGAAUCAUCCAGGAGCACUUCGCUGUGAACGGUGCUUCAAGAAUUCAAAAUCUUCCUCCAGAGCAGUUCUGCAAACAUGGCUUUGUCUUUGGGAAGGCAUCAGAGGCAGGUUUUGGCAAUGAAAUGUACAAGAUCUUAAAUGCUGCGGCAUUAAGUAUAAUGUUGAACCGGUCCCUGAUAAUUGGGCAGACCAGGGGCAAAUAUCCUUUUGGCAAUUAUAUUUCUUAUAGCAAUCAUUCUUUCACAUUGAAGAAAGUCAAACACCUGUGGCGAAAAAAUGGUUGUGUAAAGAACUAUGGAAGGCAUCUGGUAAUGAGGAUUGAUGACUUUGAGAAGCCAGCUAAAACAUAUGUCCUCUGCAGCAAUUGGAGAAAGUGGAAGCAACCAAUCAUAUGGUUUCAAAAUACAACAGAUGCUGUGGCCUGUCAAUUUUUCUUGAAGAACGUAUACCGUGAAAUGAGAGAUGCAGCUUCUGAUUUAUUUGGAAAGCCAGAAGAUUUUCAAUCUCGGCCUAAUGUUUUUGGGGAGUUGAUGAAAGUUCUCGUAUCCCCUUCAGAAGAUGUUGUGGAAGCAGUCAACAGGGUUCUUGGUGGUGGGGCAGAUCCUGAUGUAUCAUUGCACAUGCGGAUGCUUAUGAACAGGUCAGUGAGAGCCACACAGGCAGCAUUGAACUGCAUCAAAAAAGCCUUGCGUAAUCUACGCCAAACAUCAAGGCCUAGGGUGGUUUUAGUAUCAGAUACUCCAUCUUUUAUAAGAAGUAUUCUUCCAAACAUAAAUGGAUUUGCAGAGGUUCUUUAUUUUGAUUAUAAACAUUUCCAAGGAAACAUCUCUCAAAGUGUUAACCUAUCGCACAGUUUAGAUUUUAGAGUGAAGGAUUGGGGCCCUGCACCCAGAUGGGUUGCAUUUGUGGACUUCUUUCUUGCAUCACGUGCAAAACAUACUGUUGUCUCUGGUGCUCAGAGACGUGUUGGGACUACCUAUGCACAAUUAAUUGCAGCAUUGGCGGCAGCAAACCACCUAGGGGAAAACUCUACUGGUUCAAGUUUUUCAUUCUUGAGCAGCUUCCAAAGUAAUUUGUUAACAGGUGGUUUAAAGUUGCAGGUUGGGUGGGGACAUGUUUGGAAUAGAUUUGCUGGUCCUUUGAGUUGUAGGAACCAGCCCAAUCAAUGUGCUUUCACACCCCUUCUCCCUCCAGCUUGGUGGGAUGGUCUUUGGCAAUCCCCUAUUCCACGGGACAUCCGCAGGCUAAUGGCAUUUGGCAUCAAACUAUCUGGUUUUGGCACAGUUGACGAGGCUCAUCUUCGGUCUUUCUGUAAGUCAAAGAAAAGUACAGUGAAAACUGUUUUGAUUAUAUGAGCAUAAUUUUCUAGAGUUGCAGCAUUUCCAUUUGGGAAACAAAUGAAAAGGUUUCAGUUGAAAAUCGCCCAAGACAGCACAAUAGAAACUUAUCUGCAGUCAGUUCAAGACUAUUGAUGUAUUAGAGAGAAUUAAGUGAUGAAUAGAAAGUAAAGCAAAGAAAUUUUCAUUUUAUUUCUGAAAUAUUAAUCAGCAAUUGACUAUCCAUAUUUGAUUAAUAUUCCUGUAACCUAAUGUUGUUUGUAUUUUUUAGGUAAUGAUCAAUAGAAUUCUCAGUUUAGCUU